UCAAACUCUCUAUACAAAUCUAAAUUUUUAACAAAGUACCUUCAAGUUCAAGAAUGGCUCCACUUGAUUUUGAUGCAAUUAAAGACAUGCAAAAUUCUGCAAAUGAUUUGCUUCAUUCAUCAAUUGUACAACAAGCAUUUGUCAACGAAAAAGAAGAAAAAUGGGUUAACGAUGUGUCCGAGUCAUCUCUAAGGAUAUUAGAAGUAUGUGGUAUGUCCAAAGAUGUUCUUUUGUUUGUAAAAGAACAUCUUCAAGAGCUUCAAUUUACAUUGCGUAGAGCAAGCAUUGGUGAGCCAGGAAUUGAGGAGAAAAUCACUUCACACAAUUGUUAUAGAAAAAAGUUAAAGAAAGAGACUUUGAAGUGUUUGAAAUGGUUGAGGGGUGUGAAAAGUAAUAUAGUGACUUUGCACCCUCCAAUGAAGGAACAAAAACUCAAAUUAGUUGUUGAUGUGUUAAGAGAAGUAAGGAUGACAAGUAUUUCAAUUGUGGAAUCAUUGUUGUCAUUGAUUUCAACACCAUGGUUGGAUUCAAAACAUGGUGGGAAAAGGUCUUUUGCAUCAAAGUUUUUGCAAAAUUGUGAUGAUGAUAUCUUUGAUGCCAUGAUGCUUCAAAGUGCAAAGAAAAGGUUAACGGGGGUUCAAAUAGCAAUUGAAGAUCUUGAAGUUGAGUUGGAGUGUAUGUUUAGACGUUUAAUCCAUACAAGGGUUUUGCUUCUUAACAUACUUACCAAUUGUGAAGUUUAGUGAUGAUAUAACUCAAAACCAAUUAACUAGCUAGCUAGUUCAAACCCUUUAGAUGUAACAUUUUAAUUUGUUGUUAUCUAGCUCAAGCAUAUU